AUGGAAAUUCUUGAGUAUGAAGAAAUUAUUAAAACUAUUGAUGAAAAAUAUGAAACGAAAAUAAAAGAAAUUUCUGAUAAGUAUUCAGCAGAAAUAAAGGGUAGAGAUUAUAAAAUUAUAAGGCUUGAAGAAGAGAGUCAAAGAAUUGAAUUAGAGCAUCAUAAUUUAUUAGAAGAGUACGACAAAUUGCUAAAUACUAACAUGGAUUUAGAAGAAAAUAUUAAAAAAUUAAAUGAAAAAAUCCAAAAUCUUGAAGAUGAAAUAAAUAAUUCUCUCAAUCAAGCAAGCCCAGGAGAAAUAGAUAAUGAUAAAGAAAAAAUCGAAGUAAUUAUAAAGUAG